CCUUUUUCUCUCUCUACUUUCUCUCUCUAAAAAUACAGUUUCGGAGUUUCCUCCCAUCAAUGUCAGUGCCGGGAGGGCCUUGUACUUAAGAGUGCAACCCCGUUACUGCACUUCAGGCUGUUGGUUUCUUGCUAGAGAAAAGAAUGGAUACUGAAAUGGGUUCUGUUAACCAGGAGUCUCGACUGAAAUUCUACAAGACAACUCUAUGUCUAGCCUAUCAGAGCCUCGGGGUUGUUUAUGGGGACUUGAGCAUUUCCCCAAUAUACGUCUACCAGACCACAUUCUCAGGGGGGAUGAGACUUUAUGAAAACAACCAUGAGAUUCUCGGGGUACUCUCUUUGGUUAUCUGGACUUUGACUAUUAUCCCUCUCUUCAAAUAUGUUAUAUUUGUAUUAGGAGCUGAUGACAAUGGUGAAGGUGGAACCUUUGCAUUAUAUUCACUGCUAUGUCGACACUCAAAGAUGGGCCUACUGAACGCUUCCUAUGCUGCACGAGAAAAUAUUUCUUCUUGUGACUCUCAAAUUUCAACAGAGGAGACAAGAACUAGUUUACUUCUAAAGGAAUUUUUUCAGAAGCAUCGAAGUUCACGUAUUGUGCUGCUGCUAGUCGUUCUCCUUGGCACAAGCAUGGUUAUUGGUGAUGGAAUCCUCACCCCAACAAUGUCGGUCCUCUCUGCAGUUAUUGGAAUUAAAGUGCAGGUUAAGGAGUUGCAUGAGGAUCAUGCUGUCAUUAUUGCCUGCGUGAUCUUGGUGGGACUUUUUGCUCUUCAGCAUUUUGGGACACACAAAGUUGGGUUUCUUUUCGCUCCAAUUCUGAUAGCUUGGCUGCUCUGCAUCAGUGGCAUAGGCAUCUACAACAUUAUUCACUGGAAUCCUCAUGUUAUCCGUGCUAUAUCACCACACUAUAUCUAUAACUUUUUUAGGGAAACUGGAAAAGUUGGGUGGAGUUCGCUUGGUGCCAUUGUUCUUUGCAUUACAGGUGCUGAAGCUAUGUUUGCUGAUCUAGGCCAUUUCUCCAAACUCUCAGUCAGGAUUGCAUUUACAGCCAUUGUUUAUCCUUGCUUAAUUCUGGCAUACAUGGGUGAAGCUGCUUACUUGUCCCAAAACCACAAGGAUGUUGAACAUAGCUUCCACAAGGCUAUCCCUAGUAAGAUUUAUGAGCUGAUGUUUUGGCCAGUAUUUAUCAUAGCAACUCUUGCAACUGUUGUGGGAAGCCAAGCAAUAAUUUCAGCUACCUUCUCGAUUAUUAGCCAGUGUAGGGCACUGAGAUGCUUCCCACGGGUGAAAAUAGUUCACACUUCAAGCCAAGUGCACGGACAAAUUUACAUACCAGAGGUGAACUGGAUUUUGAUGGGAUUGUGUAUUGCUGUUGCUAUCGGUUUUAGAGACAUUUCCAUGAUUGGCCAUGCAUAUGGUCUUGCUGUGAUCACUGUAAUGUUUGUCACAACUUGUUUGAUGUUUCUCAUUAUUAGUACGGUUUGGAAGCAAAACAUUAUGGCAGCAUCCAUGUUUAUAGUCAUAUUUGGAUCUGUGGAGCUACUAUAUUUCUCGGCAUGCAUUGCUAAAGUGCAAAGAGGAGGCUGGCUUCCCAUCCUCUUCUCUUUAGUCUUCAUGUCUCUGAUGUCUAUCUGGCAGUAUGGGACUUCAAAGAAACACCAAUUUGAGCUAGAGAACAAGGUAUGCUUGAAGAGCCUCUUCAGCCUUGGUCCAAGCCUAGGCAUAAGUAGAGUUCCUGGAAUAGGCCUAAUUUAUACCAAUCUAGAGUCAGGGGUCCCUCCCAUGUUUACCCAUUUUGUCACAAACUUUCCUGCUUUCCACCGGAUCCUCAUCUUUGUGACGCUCCAGUCAUUGAUGUUUCCAAAAGUUCCACCUAGUGAGCGUUUCCUUGUUAGCCGGAUUGGCUCAUCAGAGUUCUACUUGUAUCGCUGUGUUGUGAGAUACGGAUACAAGGAUGUGAGGGACAGCUAUGACUUUGAGACUAAGCUGAUCGAGAAAGUGGCAGCAUUCUUGCAAGGUGAAGAACUGGUAGUCAUGGAGCAGCCGAUGGAGAAAGCAGUGGCAACGGGAAAUGGGGCUGGUGUUGGUUCUGGCAAGAGGAGAAAGGUGCAGUUCCAAUGUGUGGAAUUGAAUGAGGAAGUGAAGGAACUCAUGGAGGCAAGGGAAUCUGGUGUGGCAUACAUGAUUGGAAAUCCAUCUAUAAUUGCUAAUGAGGUGUCAUCCCCAGUGAAGAAGUUUGUCAUCAACGUUGUCUAUGGCUUUCUCCGACGUAAUUGCCGCCUACCUGCCAUUGCUCUUGGGAUUCCACACACCUCCCUGGUUGAAGUGGGCAUGGUCUAUCACGUCUGAACAUACGGAAACAGAAAAAACAUCAUGGAGGUGACAACAGUAUAAGAAAAAGAAAACUGUAGCCAUAGAGGGUUUUUUUUUUUUUAAUUUAUUUAUUUAUUUAUUUUUUUGUAUGCUCAUAGAACUAGAAAAGGCAACACUUCUCUGUAUACAUGUGCAUUUCUGUUCCAAUAAUACUACAAUUAUACAUAGUUUUUUGUGGUGAA